UAAAACACCUCUAGUGGGAAAUCCACAUGGAUGAAUCAGAAUGGCUGCAUUGGAUCUUCCCUCAGCUAAAUUAGCUACUUUACCUGGAUGGGGAGGAAUCCGUCACAUGGCAACGUGAAGGAGGGGGUUAACACUACAGCAUGUGCUGGUGUCCCAGAGGACUGCUGCUGCCACUUGCCUGCCUCUCCUUCUGCAAGCCACACUGACAGCAGACCAAACAGCCAUUUUCUCUCUCCAUCCUCAUAGCUGUAUUAGGCACAGGCAACUGCGGACACAGAGAUAACAUAAGAAGAGAGAGGGUCAGGCUGUGUUGGAGGUUUCCUCUAUAUUACUACCUCGUGCAUUUCCAUUAGAAACCUUCCCCCCCCCUUAUUUUUGCAGUGGUACGAAAAGACGUGAUGCCUGUGAGGCAGUACGAAUGGGGGAGGGGUAGAGGAGGCAGACACGACACAAUACGAAUGAGUGGGAGUAGGGAGGAGAGGAGGAGAGAAGAGGGAGGGAGAGAGUGAGCAUUUCUUGCAGUCGUUCAGGCUAGCAGAGAGGCAGGCGAUUGGCUGAGGGGGAGAAUAGCAUCACGGCCACAGUGAGGGGAGCUCUGAGGAUGCACGGCUGAGCUCGGAGGAAACAUUACAUUCACUGGGAGUUUGCAUGGAGAAGAGCUGAGCCUUCAACCAGCUGCACCCUGGGAAGUGGCGCCUUCUGCAAAUUAAUCAGUCCCUCAGGUCACAUCAUUUGGUCUCUACCAUUCCCCCAAGGACUCUUCACAUUCAGCCCUCGUUGAUUCGUCUGUUCGGGCUGCUCUAACAGCCCUCCAUCUUCUCCAGCCAUGAACUACCUGCGCCGGCGCCUCUCUGACAGCACCUUCAUCUCCAACCUGCCCAAUGGCUACAUGACAGACCUCCAGAGGCCUGACCCUGCUCAGCCUCCUCCCCCAGCUACAGCAGGCCCAGCCAAGUCGCCCACGGCUGGGACCACGCCGCCCGCCACCUCCCCUACCCCCUCCCCUGCCCCGGAGAGGAAACCCCAGCUGUCCCAGUCCAGUGGGACAGGCUUCUUCAGCUCCAUCACCAACGUAGUCAAGCAGACUGCGGCCUCGGCAGGACUGGUGGAGCAGACCACGGUCACGACGCCCAAGAAGUUUAAGAUCCUCCUGGUCAUCGACGAACCACAACAGGAAUGGGCCAAACUCUUCAGAGGGAAGAAAGUACACAGAGAUUAUGACAUCAAAGUCGAACAGGCUGAGUUCAGUGAGAUUAACGUCAUAGCUCACUCCAACGGGUCCUGUAAUGUGGACAUGCAGGUUCUGAGGAACGGUACCAGGGUGGCCAGGUCAUUCAAACCUGACUUUGUCCUCAUCCGCCAACACGCCUUCAGUAUGACCCAGAAUGAGGACUUCCGUAACAUGAUCAUUGGUCUGCAGUAUGGGGGCAUCCCCAGUAUCAACUCCCUGGAGUCCAUCUACAACCUGUGUGACAAGCCCUGGGCGUUUGCACAGCUAAUAAGCACCUACAGGAGGCUUGGUGCAGAGAAGUUCCCUCUGAUCGAACAGACCUUCUAUCCCAACUACAAGGAGAUGGUUACCAUGCCAACGUUUCCUGUAGUUGUGAAAAUUGGACACGCUCACUCAGGAGUGGGAAAGGUGAAGGUGGAUAACCACAGUAAGUUCCAGGACAUAGUCAGUGUGGUGGCUCUCACCCAGACCUACACCACCACAGAGCCCCUCAUCGACUCCAAAUACGACAUCAGAAUUCAGAAGAUUGGCAAUGACUACAAGGCAUACAUGAGGACCUCAAUCUCUGGCAACUGGAAGAGCAACACAGGCUCAGCCAUGUUGGAACAAGUGGCCAUGACUGACAGGUACAAGCUGUGGGUUGACACCUGCUCAGAGAUCUUCGGAGGGUUGGAUAUCUGUGCUGUCAAAGCCAUUCAUGGAAAGGACGCAAAAGAUUACAUCACUGAGGUGGUGGGGUCCUCCAUGUCGCUGGUAGGAGAACAUCAGGCAGAGGACAGGCAGCUCAUCACUGACAUGGUGGUAGCCAAGAUGAACCAGGCAGUAGGACGGACACCCGCCGGGUCCUCUAACAGACCAACCACCAUGCAGCCAUCACAGAGUGGUGGCCAGAAGGAACUGGUGGUUGAUCCCAAGACUGGCACUACACACCCUUCUCAAGGUUGUCUGCAGUACAUUCUCGACUGUAAUGGCGUUGUAGUGGGGCCAAAACCCGUCCAGGCCAACUAAUUAGCCCGCCAGAGAGGAAGUCUAUGUAAUAUUGAAAUGAUGAUGACGUGCAUUAGCUGAACACAAAAGCAGAGAGGAGGGGAAGGGGUUGGGGAGUGGAGAGAAUGUAGACGGACUGAGAUGUGGCUGGUGUUAGUUUGGUCCAGAGUGUACUGCUGGCCUGGACUGUGUUUUUCCUCUAUGCAAUGUCAAGAUGUGCUGUCCACUUGUUUCCCUGUUGAUUUAGUGUGCUUGUAACGGUCGCCUCUGUUUCUCUGUAGCCGUGGUUUUCUUUGGGGCUGUUGUUGACGGUGUAAUAAGCAGAUUGUGCCUACACUGAGUCCAGUGCUACUGUGUGCCACAUGUUUGAUUCAGUCAUUAUUCAUCAUUUGACCUCCCUCUAAACCCCCCUGUUUAUUUCUCAAUUGUGGUUGGUGUGUACUUUUAGAUAUUGUCAAACUGGUUUAUCGUGCAGUUUGACGUUUGUGUAUAUGUCAAUAUGUAAAUGUGGGUGCGUAUGACUGUAUUGGUGAUUAUUUUCAUACAUAUACUAAUAUAAUAGGUAUUUCUUUUUGGUUUUGCAUGAGUGAUACGAAGGAAGGUCACUGUAUGUUUUAAAUGUCAGAUGAUCAAUCGGGAUGUUUCUUUAGUGACAUCACUGGUAUAGUUCCAAACUAUUGUCCCUGUGAUUUAUGCAUUGUGAAUGUGUCAUAAUAUGGAAUACAUAUUGUAUAAGUUCUACAAAAUAGGUUGUAUAAGUUCUACAUAAACAACCAAGUGUUAGUGCCAAGAAAGCAGAUGAGCACAACAAUACAGCCAGAUAGAUCACUUCUAAGUAGGCCUUCAUUGAUUAAAAGGAGGUUUGAGACAUAUGAAACGUAGUUGCUGUUCCUUUGUCCAUUAUUAGCAGAUAUACUACCCAUACUUCGCUCAGUGAAUGUUGCUAUACAACCGACUCCUAGAAAGACAGUUCUUUGACAGGUUUAUAAACUGUCUCUAUGCACAGAACACAGCCAUAGAUGUCUUCAUGUGUAUGAGGACAAACAUAUUAGAUAACUUACCAAAUUACAAUAGACUACUCUAUCUUUUUGAGAGAAAUAAUAAAUAUUUGACUUUUGUUAUCACUCAGCACUUAUAAUCACAGUCCCGCACUGUAAAUAUAUGGGACUGGUUUGUUGGCAGCUGCAGUUGGAUCAGGAGAGAGGAGAGCUUGUGGUAGAGUUAGAGUAACUGUGAUAAUAGAAUGCUCUCAUUAAGAUUUGUUAACAGAAUGACUCUAGAGGUGUGUCCAUUAUCUAAUAAGAUUACAGUAAUAACCAUUUCCUCUUAGGCCUAUGAUGCAUGUACAUGUAUUUGUGAUAUUUCAGGAAGUGAAGUAGUCCAAUUAGUCCUUUCACUUUCAAUUAUGUUGUCAAGUAGAAAAACUAAAUUGUGCUUCAGUGAAAUAGUCAAGGUUUUACAUAAUAUAUUUAAAUUACUAGGUAUAAGGUUUCUGAUACCACCAUACACAUACCGUCCAUGCUUAAUAUCAAUGACCGUAGUGGCGUUGCCAUGACGGCGGUGAUGCCGCUCUGUCUUGCAGUGAUGAUAUGCGUGGAGUUAUGCUUAUGUUACUGCCAUUUAAAGAUUCUUUGACAUAUUUGCCUUAUCAUACUCAUACUGAGUUAAUGGAGAGUGCAAUAUAUAUGUUUUUAACUUUAUAUUCUUUAUAUUUUUAGUACCAGAUCUUCUACCAUAAUUUAUUCAUAGAGCUAUGUUCACAAGUGGGAUACAAACAUUUUCCCAUAGCUAACACUGUUGUAAAUUAAAAACACUUGCAUUAAGUAGUAGUUAUUAGAAGUCAUGCAUGUGUCCUAUUUGGUGAAAUGGUCGUACAACUAAGAAUACAUCUACAUGAAAAGAAUUGUAAAUGCGUGUCCCAUUCUAAAACACUUUGUUACUAACAGAAUUGUACAAACAAACUAUGUUUGGCAAGCUCAGUGUACAAGUUCUUUUCCUAGGUGUAUGAAAUAACAUUGUGUCUGUGCAGAUAGCCUAACCCAGAGAGUAACCCUGUAAAAGCCUUGCCUGUGGCUUUAUGGUUUUGUGUUUUGAUUUGUGGAGUAAAAUGCCAUGACGUAUCUACAAAAGGGAGGAUAGAGGGGCGGCACCAAGGUCCUUAAUAGUUGCAUAGUCACAUAUUUGUUGUGUAACUGAUUGAUUAAAGGAGUUAUUGUCGGGGGAAAUUCAAAAUCAGCUAUCCUGCCCAGGUGAAAAUCCUUUGCUGGUUCAGUUUUUCAAACCUGUUGGGUUGCAGCUAUUUGGGACCAAGGUUGCUACUACCUGUUAAGUGUGCACUCUUGGAACUAGUGUUGAACUGUUUGAAAAAAUCCAGUACAGAUAACAAUACAUUGUAGAAACAUAGCCCAAAUUGAUAUUUUCCCCCUGUCACUGGCAAUAAAGCUUCCUUUGCAAUAUA